GCUAACGGCCGGCUAACAAGCCGGGCCGAGCCCGGCGUUAACUAAUACUACUACUACUACUACUACUACUACAUGAGCUUCCUUUGGCUCGUUCCAGGCACCACUGCCGGUAUAAUCCCAAGUUACCUCUUACCUCCUAUCAUUGGCGACCUCAUGAAUGAGGACAAGUCACAGGCAGGAGCUCCGCAGACCCCCGAGCUGCUUCCAGGAUCACCGUAUUGCGUCCAGGCCUACGAGGUCAACGCAGGAGACACCUGCGCAAGCAUCGCCAAGCAGCACGGCCUCUUCAAGGAGCAGGUGCAGAUAUGGUCGCCCGUAGCCAAGGACAAGGGAUGCGACUCGCUGCCCGUCGGGAGCCGCAUCUGCGUGGCCGUGGCCAACGAGCCCGAGCCGCUCCGGUGGACCCCGGAGAAACAGGCUGCGGCCAACGAGGCGGCCCUCAAGAAGCUGGCGGAGGAGGAGAAGAAGAGAAAGGAGGACGAGGAAAAGGCCAGAAAGAAAAAGCAGGACGAGGAGCGAAAGAAGAAGGAAGAAGAGGAGAGAAAGAAAAAGGAGGAAGAGGAACGCAAGAAAAAGGAAGAAGAAGAGGAAAAGAAGAAGGCCGAGGAGUUCGAGAAGCGCAAGAUCCCCAUGGUGCGAAACGGCAAGGUCGUUUACCCCGAACCAGAGGGCGGCAAGUACCCAUUCGUCUAUUUUGGGCGCGGCUCGGUCCCUGGGAGAAGAGAGGAGUGGAGUUAUGCCAUGUAUUUCAUGGAUAGGCCGAACGAUUACCGACUGUCGCAUAUCGCAGAAUGUGACGACCGUUGUACAUUCUUCACCUUGGAAGUGAUCAAAGAGCCGAUGGGCGAAGUUUUUACGCCAGAUAAAUGGACUGAUAGAGCCAUGGUGUGGCCGUGA